CACCAGCGGCACUUGCACGCCGUUCGCGCUCAUGUAGGUUGACUUUUCUUCAUGUCUUUCCUUUCUUUUGCGCAGUUGUCGCAUUUCUAUACGUCUUGACUUUGCGCGCAAUGGCUUCUUCUGCAUCCCCCGAGAUACCCUCAUCCAUCUUGAUCGUCGGCAGCGGCGCAUUUGGACUUUCCACUGCCUAUUCAUUAUGUCAAAACCCGCGGUACAAGGACACCUCGAUUACUAUCAUAGACCGUCAGCCUUUUCCUACGCCUGAUGGCUCGAGUAUUGACACUUCACGAAUCAUCCGUCCUGAUUAUGCUGCCGCACGCUACACCCGUCUCGCAACCAUCGCGCAAAACCGCUGGCGAACCGACUUUGCGACCGAACACUACCAUGAGGUCGGCCUAUGUGUGACAGCUUGGGGUCCGGAGCAGAAGUACGUUUCCGGAUCACUCGCAAACGUCCGCGCGAUCGGAACAGACAAAGUAGAAGUGCUGAACUCGCCGGAGGACAUACAAAAAGCAUGUGGUCUGGAAGGCAAAGACCCAUGGGGCAACGGUAGCACCGGAUACGUGAAUUGGAGUUCAGGCUGGGCAGACGCAGAGGGCGCGAUGAUGUGGCUGAGGGAGAAGGUCGAGAAGCUGAACAGGGUGAAGUUCGUCACAAAGGCCGUGAAGAAGCUGUUGAUUGAUCACAAAACCAACACCGUCUCCGGCGUGCGAUUUGACGACUCGAGCGAACUCAAGGCGGAUCUGACGAUGCUGGCGGCAGGCGCAUGGACGGCGUCGCUCAUCGAUCUCCGAGGCAUCUGCAAAGCGACUGGGCAGGCUCUGUGCUACAUGCCCAUCUCCAAGGAGGAGGAAGCGAAGAUGUCUACGCGGCCAACUAUCCUGAACCUCUCCCAUGGCUUGUUCAUGAUUCCGCCUUCCAAGCGCCUCCUCAAAGUCGCGCGUCACGGCCACGGCUACCUCAACCCGACCACUAUCCCACAUCCGGAGUCAGAGGACCCCAACGAGACAAUCACCAUCUCCCUACCAUACACACACGUCGACGAUCCGUCACAGGCAGUCCCAAUCGAGGGCCAACGCCAAUGCCGAGACUUCCUCGCAGCCAUACACCCUUCCCUCGCCGCAUCCUCGCGACCAUUCACCAAAUCAAAGAUUUGCUGGUACACCGAUACUAGGGAUGGCGACUUUUUGAUCUCGUACCAUCCCAAGUACAAGGGGCUGUUUUUGGCGACGGGUGGCUCGGGACAUGGCUUCAAGUUUUUGCCUGUUAUUGGCGAUAGUAUUGUGGAGUGUAUAGAAGGCAGAACACCGGAUGACUUCAAGGGUCGAUGGGAAUGGCCGGCUGAGCGUGUACCGGAAGAACAGUGGGCUGGUGAUGGAAGUCGUGGCGGGCCUGUUGGUAUGAUUUUGGAAGAGGAGAUGGCGAAGAGUAGAGGGAAGUUGUAAUCGUCCGCGCGCCAAGGCACUUCGUGUUGAUAUAAAUAUCUUGAGCUCGGGUUCUUUACUCUCUUCUUUACAUCCCAAACCAUUCCUUUGUUCUCAAAAAACGACGUGGUCGACUUUUAAUGUCUGGGGAGUGUGUCGCUUCCGUCAAAAGGCUAGACAUAAACGGGUCAUGGAAACUCCACGCCAUGCUUUUUACUUUCCAAGGGUCAUUGCCUAUUCCACAUGUACUCCUCCUUGGAAAAACUUUGUACAGGUUCAAAUUCGGGCAUUCCUCGUCGAUCAUCAUCUUGGUUCAAAAAAUUGCAGCGAAGAGGAGC